AUAGAUGAAAGUAGUAAACAUUUUAUCAGUAGACAUGAAAAAGACAAACAAAAAAAGCGUAAAAAAUAUGCCAAAGAAUCAGAUAAACAGAAAGCCAAGAGAAAACUUCAGAAUGCAUCGAAUAUGCACAAAAAAUAUACUGCAGAAUCAGCUAAACAGCAAGAUAAAAGAAAACAUAGAAAUACACUAACUAUGCAUGAAAAAUAUGCCUUAAAAGCUGAGAAUACAAGAUCUAGUUUAGAUCAAGAAA